AUGGAAACUAAAAAAGGCGGAAAACAAACUAAUGACACAACGUUGAAUUUAAAAACUUCAACGAAUAUAUUCAAGGAUCGUACAAGAUUUAUAAUGAUGGUAUUAUUAUUGCUUUGCUUAUCAUCAGUAUGGUGCAACAUUUUGUCAUUUAAUAUUGGUGUUCUUUGCAUGUAUCCACACAGAAGUGGAAAUGGCAGUUUGACAGAAUUGGAAAUACAGUUAGCGCAACAAAGUGACGCCAAACCACAUAAGCCGGACGACCCCCAUGUUAUUGGUUUCUUCCAGAAGCGAAUUAUAUGGUAUACACCUAGCGAUAAGAGUAAAUUGAUUGCUGCUGUGGCCUUUGGAGCUUUGGUAGCAAAUAUGCCUAUAGUAUGGUUAACAAGCAGAUACCAAAUUCGCACAACAUUUGGUAUUUUGGGAUUAUUGUCUGGUAUAGCUACGUUAAUGAUUCCAACUGCAGCACGACUUGGAAUUAAUUAUUUUUUGGCAAUUCGUGCAAUUCAGGGAGUCGCGUUUGCAGCAAAUUUUUGUGUCAUUGGAAGUUUUACAACCAAAUGGACGUAUUUUAAGCAGAAUGGGAUGUUUGUAUCCGCAUUGGUGGCACAUUUCCAACUGGCUCCAGCUAUUACAAUGCCAGUUGGUGGAUAUUUGUGUUCAGCGUACGGAUGGCCAUCAGUCUAUUACGCUCAUGGUCUAGUUUCAGUUUUGCUAUUUAUGACCAAAAUUAUUGUUUAUCGAAAUUCACCAAAUAAGCACCCGUUUGUUUCUGAUGUUGAACUGAACAAAAUCCGAGUUGGGAAAGAAAUCGUUACAAAGAAUGAACAACGUCAAAUUCCGUACAAGAGAAUCUUAAAAACUUGGUCAGUGUGGGCAGUAUGGAUUGCAGCUUUUGGAAAUUUUGCUUGCGCUAACCUGAUGUUCCUUUACGCUCCAACAUUUCUGCAUGCAGUACUUGGGUUUCAUGUUGAACAUACUGGGGUAACUUCAGCUAUUCCACCGCUGUUACAGUUCGCCACGAAAUUAGGCUGUGGAGUUGCCAGCGACAAGAUUCGCAAUGUAAAAGAGUCGGUAAAAGUGAAGGUCUUUAACAGUAUUGCAUUUUUUGGUAGCGCAGCCUCACUUGUAAUACUUGGGCUAACCGUUUCUUCGUAUAACUUUAUAAGCAUCUGUUGUCUAGUUGUCUCAAUUGGAUUUCUUGGUUUAACGACCGGUGGAUUCUUCAAGUCCGGUCCAAUAAUCGCUCGACAUUAUGCACCUUUUGUCACCGGAAAUAUUGCAUACGGUAUAACAAUUACAAUGCUUUUGAUACCAUUUAUGGUUUCGUCUCUAGCACCAGAUAAUACUGGACCACAGUGGAGGAUGGUUUUCUUCGUAACGGCUGGAAUUUUGAUCGCUACCAAUAUAUUUUUUGUUGUCUUUGGAUCAGCAUCGGUUUGCUCUUGGGCCAUGUCAAACUCGGCGCAAAAUUCGCAAAUGAAUGUAACAAAAUUUGUGUUUAACAAAGCUAAAGUUGGUCCAGCCGGAACAAUACAGGCGGAUACGAACGUACGGCAAAAGGCAAUAGACAAAUUUUGA